AUGACAAUUAACACACACCGGAAUAAGUUUGAGCGCCUGACAAGAACACUGAGCAAAUCACAGCCCGGAGAGUUAUUGGGAGAGGAUAUUGCAAAAAGCAGGAGUGUUGUUAAUCUGUCGCAACAAGAAUUGACGAUUGACAUGCGUAGUGUGUUGUCGAAAGGUCUCAAUUUCGCUCUGACCCCAUCGUCUCUCCCAGUAGAGACAAUCGUUGCGAAUGUAGAGGACGCCAUUGUGCGCAAUAGAGUGCCGCACAGGGAAGCGGAAUGCCUUCGACAGGAUGUAUCCUCGCUGUUGCGCCGGAGUAAGUUACCUAAGCCCAACAUCAGCAAACAAGAGAGACUAGCGCUCUCGGCACUACGGGAAAAUGAAGACAUCCUGGUGUUGCCGGCGGAUAAGGGUAAUGCUACUGUAGUUGUGGACACGGCGCUCUACGAGGAGAAGGUUACGCAGCUGGUAGGAGAUACAAGCACGUAUAAGAAAGUGUCUUACAACCCUACGGCGCGCGUAACAUCGAAGUUAAACGGCUUAAUCGGCGCGCUAUCUGCGAAAGACCAGGCUAAGAAGUUGCGUCAGUUGAAUCCCACUACCCCUAAGAUUUAUGGGCUGCCCAAGAUCCAUAAAAAUGACUGGCCCCUGAGACCCAUUGUUAGCCAGAUAGACUCACCCACCUACAAGGCGUCCCGUUUUUGUCGAGUCUCCUGCAACCUCUAA